GGAGUCGGUUUAACUUCUCCACUUCCCAUCUUUGUUUUUCAUGUUAUCUUGUUAAACAGUUCCUAUGCCUGUUUCCACCGUCACCUCACCCCUUUCUUAAAUUCAAUGAAUCUUAGCCAAUUCAUUAGAAAAGAAUAGACAAGAUAUGGCCAUGGCUCUCAAAGCGGUUCAUGUUUGCGAUGUGCCUAAUCUUGAUCUAGUCCCUGAGAAUGCUGCAUUAGCACUCUGCUCAACUCGUUUCCGAGCAGGUGUUAAUGAUGAUAAAAUAUGCGAAUGCAACAUUCCCAAGUUUCUAGUAGUGGGUCACAGAGGGAACGGAAUGAACAUGUUGCAAUCGCCUGAUCCCAGAAUGAAAUCCAUCAAAGAGAAUUCUAUUCUUUCUUUCAAUGAGGCGGCUAAGUUUUCUAUCGAUUUCAUUGAAUUUGACGUUCAGGUGACGAAAGAUGAUUACCCUGUCAUUUACCAUGACAACUUCGUCCUCCAUGAAGAAAAGGGUGUCAUUGUUGAGAACAGAGUUACAGAACUUGCUUUGGCUGAAUUUCUUUCCUAUGGACCUCAGAAACACCCUGGAAGUGAGGGAAAACCGCUUUACAGGAAAACAAAAGAUGGAAGGUUCUUCGAGUGGAAGGUUGAAAAAGAUGCUCCUCUGUGUACACUUGAAGAGGCUUUCCAUGAUGUCGAUCAAUCGGUGGGCUUUAAUGUUGAAUUGAAGUUUGAUGAUUUUAUUGUUUAUAAGGAAGAGGAACUCUCACGUAUACUUAAAGCUAUCUUGAAGGUGGUGUUUGAGAAUGCAAAGGGCAGACAAAUCUUGUUUUCUAGCUUUCAACCUGAUGCAGCCCGGUUGAUUAGAAAAUUACAGAGCACAUACCCCGUAUAUUUUCUCACCAAUGGGGGAAGUGAAAUUUACACAGACAUAAGGAGGAAUUCCUUGGAGGAGGCUAUUAAGCUCAGCCUUGAAAAUGGCUUGCAGGGGAUCGUAUCCGAAGUCAAAGCAGUGUUUAGAAAUCCUGGAGCGGUUGGAAGAAUCAAAGAAUCAAAGCUUUCCCUCAUGACCUACGGUCAAUUAAAUAAUGUCCCGGAGGUUGCAUACAUGCAACAUCUAAUGGGUGUUGAGGGAGUUAUUGUGGACCUGGUUAAGGAGAUUAGUGAGUCAGUAUCAGAUUUAACCCAUGCAAAGGAGGGAGAAGAGAAAAGCAUGUAUGGAGAGGAGGAUGGGAAGAAGGAAGUGAAAGCAAAGCCACAAUUUUCCAAGGAUGAACUCUCCUUCCUAUUGAAGCUAAUACCAGAGCUGAUGAUUCAGGCUUGAUUUAAGCAUAUCUAAUAUUUGGAUACCCUCAAAAGUAGAAAGAAUAUAUGAUGGAGAGAGUUGUGUUCCCAUGUAAACUGUUGUUGGUUGUUCAUUAGACAAAAAAAAAAACCUCAUAGCUUAUGAUUGUGAAGUUGGAGAUCGCGUGACAUCAAAGACGGUGGUUAUGCUUCUUUUCUUUUAUAAUUACACGAGACAAUGAAUUUACAGAACUUUUUUACAUUACAA